GGCGAUAGAUUCACACCAUUCGCCUCUUCAAGCUCCUUUCUCAAAAUCUACGAUUCAGAACACGCGAUAGUUGCUUUAUCUAUACUUGUCGAGAUAUGAGGAUCAGUCUGACAUGUUUUACCAACCCUCCCUCGUUUUCUGAGGUAAUGUCAGGCUAUUUGCCACAUUUGCCAGGUUUAGUAAAACACACGGGAAUCUUAAGCGUUAAUUGCGCCUUUAAUUACGAUGUGUGCGUGACGUAAUUAAAAUGUACAGGUGUAGGUGAGUCUGUCGUUUGAAUAAAGACGGAAGAGAGUGAAAGUGGUCAGUACUUGCUGUUGGAAAUGGUCACUAAUUGCUGAGAAAUUGUUGGCCACUGUCCCUUUAAGGGAGCUCAAUCUGAGCUGCUGCAUGGCUAAAGCCAGCCCACCUCUCCAUCAGAUCCUACCUGCUCGCUGAGCUUCGUGGAGCUGGCCGCUUCUCCGAGAGCCUCCUGGACAUCAAGAGCUCCAGUCCCGCGUUUGGACCAGGGAGAAAAGCCGAGAAAUCGGUGAGAAAUCUCGCUUUGGGCAGCCGUGGGCUGGAAACAGUUUAGCCAUAGGUAACCGUGGCUGCUCCCUUUCAAUUGCUGGUCGAUGUGUGGAGAAAGUUUCCCAACAAUAUCACUCUUCUGGAGAGAAACGGUGGAUGGGAGUGGAUUGUGUAAGUAAGUGGAGUUAUUUUCUCGGUCUUCUGUGAUAAUUCCUUGGAUUUUGAGGACGAGAGUGCUGAUUGGUUUCCCUGUGAAUGCUGCCAGUGCCAUCCUAACACGCUCUGCUGAUCCAGGAUCAGCGAGGGCGACCAGCCUACUGCACUGGAGCAGAGCUGAUCUCCUCAUUAUUCACCGUGCAGGCUCUGAGCAGUGCAUCCUUCUGAAACGAGAAGGUCCUCGCAGCUCUCCUUCUUAGUUUGCUUUGCCUUUCUGGAUUUUAAACACCAUGAAUUUGAUUUUAGAUUUACCUGAGCACCAUUAGAUCACAUUCUCCAGGUUCCUUGCGUAGAUCCUUAUCAAAGGGAGGAAUAUGGCAAAAAAUGUCCAGGACGAUCCGAGGGACGAUUUAGGUAAGAUAUCCGACGAGGAGCUCUUCAGACUCGGCAAAGAUGAACUGAUUAGGAGGCUCCGAAAAGUGGACGGUGAGAAGAUGAGCUUGAUGCUGGAGCAUGGGAACAUGAUCAAAGAUGUCAAUCGGAGGCUGCAGGUUCAUCUACAUGAGAUACGGAGCUUGAAAGAAGUGAACCAGAAGCUGCAGGACGAUAACCAGGAGCUCAGAGAGCUGUGCUGCUUCCUGGACGAUGACCGGCAGAAAGGUAAAAAGCUGUCCCGGGAGUGGCAGAGGUUCGGCAGGUACACGGCCAGCGUAAUGUGGAAGGAGGUCGGCGUCUACCAGCAGAAACUGAAGGAGCUGGAGGCCAACCAGGAAAGUAUAAUGCGGGAGAACGUGGAGCUGAAAGAGAUCAUCCUCAUGCUGGAGGAGGAGAGGAAUGGUGCUGGGUCUAGGAGCUCCAUAGACAGCCAGUCCAGCCUGACCAAUUUGAACGGAGGCUCUAGUAACGUGAGGGAUGUCGGGGACGGAAGCAGCACCUCCAGCACGGGCAGCGCCGGCAGCCCGGAUCACCAUCACAGUCACGGGCACAAGCCUGCCGAGAGCAAGAUAGCAGCCAUCAGGAGAUCUAUGGAUGACCUUUCGGUCAGCCAUCUCCACAGAAGCAUCCCCAAUGGACUGAACGACUCGUCAAACUACAUCCGUCAGCUGGAGACAAAAGUCCGGAUAUUAGAGGACGACAACAAGCAGGUGUUAUCCCAGGGAAGCAUUGGGGAUCUGAAGACGCUGAGAAAAGGAUUAUCUCUGUAUCACUCCGAGUCCCAGCUCUCCUCUCUGUCGAAGUACCAGGACACCUUGCAAAAUGGUACCGCCCGGCUCCCCAGUGGAGAUUUGCCGUCCCCCAUCACCAGCUACCUGCCAUCGACUCAGAAACCCGAGGCUGUGGUUCAUGCCAUGAAGGUGUUGGAGGUCCAUGAGAACCUGGAUAGACAGAUUCCUGAAGACUACGAGGAGGAUCUCAGUGAGAAGGAGAAAGCUAUCGUCAGGGAGAUGUGUAAUGUGGUGUGGCGUAAGCUCGGUGAUGCAGCAGGCUCCAAGCCAUCCAUCCGGCAACAUCUCUCCGGGAAUCAGUUCAAAGGCCCUUUGUAGCUCUCCAGUGGAUGACCACGGGGCCUCAAACCAACCGACCAAUCCGACUACAACCAGAGGAACAGGACUUUCAGCGUUAUGUAACCUUCAGAAAGGCAUAGAACUGCUUCAUACUGUCAGUCCAGAGCGCUCCACUUGAUUGACCUGUGCAUGCUCUGCCCUCAGAUACGUUCCUUGUAGCUACUAUUGCUCGGUUGAACAAGGCUUACAGAAUAUAUGCAAAAAUCCCUUUCGACAUAAUGAGAAACCGUAGCACGCUAUUUAUUAUCGCCACAUAAUGUUGAGUGUACAGUACUCAGCCAAGCUGGACUAUGUUGUAGCUAAUUAAAGCCAACUAGGUUGGAAAUAAUGUAUUGUAUGCCGAUAAUAAUCAGCAGGUCUCUCCUAACGAAACAAACAAAAGACCUCGUUUUUGUGUGUGUGAUGUUAAUACAUAAAAACAUGACAGGGUCCGAGACGCCCUUGAUUUCUCCGAUUUUUUUUCGUAGUUUCAUAGUUGCUCUGCAUCUGUAAAACAGCCCUUCACAAAAACAAUAUUCAACAUUUGUGUAACCAUUUUUAAUCUAAAACAAUAUUUUUAUGAGGUUUAACCUCUUUGGGUCGAGGCUCAUCAGAGAGGAAGUGUCUAAAGUCCACACUUGCUCACUAUUUCUCAUUAAUUUAUUAAUAAUUUUGUUUAUUAGGCAGCUCAUAACUUCUGUGUGCCACCAGUGUUAUGUACUUUAAUGACUGGGUAAUUAAAACUUUAUCAAAAUCAUCCUCACUGGCGGCACCGUCACUGGUGUUACACCAUAUUCAUACAACACCAGUGACUGUAAAAUGUGUUUGGAGUCAAGCUCUCCUUUUUACAUGCAUGAUGAUCUGAGAUGUUAGUGGACAUUUUAUUUAGUUUUCGUUUAAGAGAAAUAGAUUUUUUUUAUAUGUAUCCACCUGAAUUCCCACUCCAAAUGAAGAAUGAAAUGGAGAAUUUCAGGCGACUCACAGACCAUAUUUUAGCAUUUUUAUUCUGAAUGUAAUAGUUAUGCACUGCCUGUGUUCAUUCGGCUGCAAAUAUUCUGUAAGGCUUGUACAACCUGGAAGCAUUUGCUGCGAAAGACUGCAUCUGUGAGCUGAGCGUGGUCAGUUUACUGGACUGAUGUAAGCUAUCUGAUCAAAUCCUACACCAGUAAUGAACUUACCAUUAUCACAAGCUAGCUUUUUAAGCUUCUCACCUGCACACCCUCCAAGGAUUCAGGACAGGCAGCUAGUGUUUGCAUUGCUCAACAGAAGUCUGAGCACAUUGUAGUUGGAGAUCCUGUGUUGACACUCCUAAGAUAAUGUGGCCAGUUUACUCAUUUUACACCCUUAUGGAGUCGAAAGAAAGACUGUACUUGACUGAUGUUGAAACAUUCAUAGCAUUUCUAUCUGUUAAAACAAUGAACCGUUCUGCAAAAGAAGCAAUGUAGGCUGGAUUUUCUUUUUUCUGGAGAUGCCAUUUGGCUUUUUGUGGGCACUCACAUCAGGAUUACAUGCCUUCCUAAGAGAUGAUCUGUCUGAGGGAUCCAUUCUUAAGUUUUGUCCCAGAUAUACCCAAAUAGAACCCAAACCGAAGCCUCUCACGCCGGGCAAAUAAAUCAUUCUAUGGGACGUAAAUCAUUUAAUCUGACAGCCUGUGCAUUUCCAACUAUAUUAAUCCUCAUUGUGAACCUGUAAAAUUCCUUUCACACUGCAAAAAAUGGUAUUAUGUCAUGUGAAAUGAUCUGAAGUCUAGUCGAUCUAUGUUAUAUUUCCCAUUUGAGAUGGUUGUGCACUUAUCUAGCAGAUUAUCUAGCUUAUUUCUAGAAGUUGUUUACGUGUUUUAGGUCAUUUUAUUAAGUAAAAUGAUUUCACUACACUGGCAGAGAAUUUCGCUGGUUUCAAGCACAUUUCAAAACAAGUCAAAUUAUCUGCCAACAUGGUGAGAUAAAUUGACUUAAUAAAAUGACUCAAAACAAGCAAAUUAUGCCUAGAAAUAAGGAAAAUAAUCACAACAACAAACUCAACAGUAGAAAUAUUCACAUUUUUGACCGUUUUUUGUUGAUUUUACUUGAGAAGAUACUCUUUUCUUGCAGUGCAGAUGAAUAUGCAAGCACCGUUUUCAGAUUUUCAUUUAUCCACAUGUUCAUUGUAGGACUCUUUAGGGAAGAAGCCCAAAAAGUCAUAAUACUGAAAGAACUUUGAGGCUUUUCAUUUUAGACCAAUUGGACAAUCAUUAUAAAUAGAUCUUCUCAUUCUGUGCGUCUACCAAGGAAGUCCUCGUUUCAACCCUGAAGAUGGUAAAUGCUGUACUAGCUCUUGUAGUCUGGCGUUUCCAGAACUGUGCAGGGUGUUUAUCUUGUCAGUGAGCUCUUUACUAAGUGGUGAUGUUAUACUAGCACAGUCUCCAGCUGACCUGGCUGUGCUCCGCCCACAAAUGUGUCUUUUUCGUAGCGGCUGUUCUUUUCUGUGACAACAGUCUUUAAAGAACUCUUGGUAUUUGUUUUACGUGAAUGUAAAAGGGUACACUCUUAGCCGUUUUGUUUUUUUGUGUGGUAUCAUGAUAACGUUAUCUACCAUGGUGGUAAAUUCUAAUCAAAAGCCUGCGUGUGCGUGUGUGUGUGU